AUGACCGAUACACUCCGCUCGACUGUACGAUUUCCGCCCCUUCGGCAGGCCCGAGGGACGGUGCUUAAUACUAUAAUGGAGGAUACGCGGGAAUCUCAGUUCACUCAGACAAGUCCAAAAGGAUCAGUUCCUUCCAGGCUUACACCGGCAGCCAUCAGCCCAAAGUUGAGGCUACAGACUAGCGGGUUCUCGGUACCAACACAGGCCCGGCUCGCACGCCUAAUGUCGCCCCUCUCGGCCUGCACCACCUCGUCAUGCUCAGAUACAGAAUGGCAGUCUCAGAUGCAACAAUUUCAAGGAUAUGAUGACUUGUACGAUGCCACAGAUGAUGAUAGUAUUGACGACAAUGAGACCGAAAUUAGUGACUCGUGUUUUUCCCCCGAUACGCGGCCAUCAAGCUUGGUUACACCAAUUACCCGAAACUCGGUGACCUCAACUGGGAGUCAAAAGCAUUCGCUAAGGCUUAAGAUUCCUUCGUCUACGAUGUGGCCGUCAAUGAACGGGUCCCUCAAGGGCUCUCCAGUCCCGCCGACGCCUCCAGCCAAGAUCCCAGUCUCGCCAGCAGCGCUGUCGAUGCUCAGUCGUUCUGUACCUGCAUCAUAUGCCCCUCCUUCACUCGAUGGUAGCAUGACUUCAGAUCAGGAAUCAAUCAUCAGUGCAUUGGCUACACCAGACUCCCAAUCUCUCCCAGACACAAACUGGGAUGCACAUGAUAUACAUGUUCGCCCAGAUAUGGAUGGAAGUGAAAGCGACCUAGACAAUGCGGAUGCCAGUUCAGACAUGCAUACUGUGCCCAUUGCUAUCGAGACACCGCAUGAGGACUGGCGUCAUGUUCUGGGAAGUUUCCCCCGGAUUCCCACCGCUGCCCAGGCGUAUUCACCCUCGCUCUCGCCCUCACCCUCACAAUCUUUCCAUAUGAAUGAUCAGCCAAUUCACGAAUAUGACGACUUGUACGAUGCCCCCGAGCCUGCUGGCCAGAGUCUCUUUUUGCCUGACUCGGCACUUGCAAUGCUACACCACAUUCACUUGGAUGAAACACUCGACUCGUGCUCUGAGGCUGAAGAGGAUACCGGCGAAAUGUGGCAACUCCAGCCAGCUCCCAGCCGCCCAAGGAGUGCUGACGGGGUCACCCCCGCAUCUGAACUGUCUGGAUACAGUUUCAGUGAUCUGAGCAUUCCAUCUCCUGGGGGCUUCUUUGCCUCCCUGGCGCCCCGUGCGCGCCAUACAUGGGCAAUCCCCAACACCAACUACCAGCCGACUUCGGCGGCUGCAGAGGGUUUCUACAACCUUCCUUGGCGUCGGGAUGAAGGGGAGAUUGUUGAGCAGGUUGUUGAGUGGCCUGAGCGCCCUGAUGACGAAGACCCAAUUACAGCGGUUCGUGACGAAGAGGCUCCUCUUACUGCCAUUCGACUCCCAUGCGAGACACCUACUCGUCGGUCUAUCUACCAGGAUAGCCCCAUGAGUGCUGCAUUUGACGCAGUUCAGGUUCAGGAGAUCCCUCGCUCUGGGAACGGAUAUGAGUACGACGAGUGCUAUGAUCAAGAGCUGCAGGAACGUGCAGUUGCGAGCCACGACCGGACGAGUAUCUGGCUAUCUGCUCAAGCAUCAUACCUCUCCGCUCUCAAUGAGACAAAUCCUGUGAAUGAUGUCGAGGCUAUCGAUUUGCCCGAGGAGUCCGAUGAUGCUGAGGUUGAAGCCGAAGACACCACGGAAGAUUCUUCCAAGAAGAUGGUGCGAUUCGCUGAAGGUGUCCCCGAGUCCCUCAGUCCUCUGCCCCCGUUCCUUGCUAGCAAGGAUUCAAUUUACUGGCAAGGCUUUCAGUCUAUUCGGCAACGGUCAACCAAGACCGACGGGUUCAUGCACCGCAACAUGCGCUUCGAUGCUGUGCAAUCCAUGCGCCUCGCCAUGAAUGACCUUCACAUUAACUGCUUGCUGGGCAAGUAUGAGCUUGUUCGCCCGGAGCGCCCUGCAUACAAGGGUCCUUUCGCCAAGGCACCUCGCAAUUCGGUGAUUACCACCGAGUUGGCCGAGAAGGCCCAAUUUGACAAGGUGGAGAAAGAGCAGCUGGUUCUUGCUCAACUGUCACAGCCCAUGUGGGCCAUGGAUGCCCUUCGGUCUCUCAACGGCGGCAAUCUUCUCACAAGUCCUGCCCAGCGCAUGCUUACACGAGCCUCAUCAAAGCCUAAGGCCUUGCAGGGACCACGCAAGCGCAGUCUCCGCAUCCUGGACCUUGGGGGUCACUCCUCCUGUGACUGGGCGUGGCAAGCCGCCUACGAGUUCCCAAAUGUCAAGGUUUACACUGUCACCUCCAAGAAUCAGACUGUAAACAGCGCCAUCAAGGGCCCUCCCAAUCACCGCCAAGUGGCCGUGGUCAACCUCUGGGAGCUGCCCUUUGGCAACAACCAGUUCGAUGUCAUUUCCGCCCGCUCCUUGCACGCACUGCUGAAGACCGAAUGUCCGGCAGGCAAGGACCGCGACGAGUACGACCUAGUUCUGAAGGAAUGCAUGCGAUGCCUCAAGCCAGGCGGCUACCUCGAGUUCCAAGUUCUUGACGCCGAGAUCUCGCAGGCGGGACCGUAUGGAAGCGCAACCUCAGUGGAGUUUGCCUUCAACCUGCGCAACCGCGGGUACGACCCACUGGCGUCCAAGAGCUUCGUCGGCCGUCUCCGCAACAGCGGAUUUGUUGACACACAGCGCGCCUGGAUGUUCCUCCCAAUGGGCACCGAGCCCGUAGAGCAGGAGCCGCUGCGCGAGACUCCCGCACCGCGUGUGCAGAGCCAAAUUGAAAAUUACGAGGCGGUGCAGGGGCCGAUUGGGAGCACUGCGGAUAUUGCCAGUAUGACUGGAUUGAUUGGGGGGUGGAUGUGGGAGCAGUGGUUACUGAAAUUGCGAGUAGAGAUGGGUCGUGAGCGGUCUAUGUUGCUUGAGGGUCUUGGUGCGCUGUUUGAUGAGGGAAGGAAGAGUGGCGCGGGCUGGACCUGCCUGUCUGGGUGGACUAUGAAGCCCAAGCGGAAGAGUUCGGUCUCUUUGGCUUAG